GCGCUGACCGGAGCGGAUGGGGCUCAGCCAUGGAGCCUACAACGACUUGGACCCCCGGGAAGGACUCGAUAAUUCCUUGGAGGACUAUCCCUUUGAGGAUUGGGAGCUGCCAGGCAAGUACCUGCUCCAGCUCUGCCCCCGCAGCCUCCAGGCUCUGACCGUGUGGCCUGUGGGCCACCAGGAGCUCAUCCUGGAUGGGGUGGAGCAGCUUCGGGCCCUGAACUCCGGACUGCAGAGGGAGAACCUGAAGAGCCUGACGGAGGGGCUGCUGGAGGGGACCCACAUCUUCCAGAGCUUAGUCCAAGACCACCUGGGGGCCUUUGCCAAGACCCCCACUGAAGUCCUCAACGCGGCUGUGGAGCUGGUUCACAAAGCUCGCGGCCUCCUCUUCUGGCUCAACAGGCACCUCUUCUCCCACCUGAACGACUUCUCAGCCUGCCAAGAGAUCGGGCAGUUGUGCGGGGAGCUGAGCCAGGCCUUGCAGGAGGACUGUCCAGCGGCUGAGAAGGAGAGUCGAGUCCUGAGAAUUUGCAGUCACGUGUCUGGGAUCUGCCGCAACAUUCUGAGCUGUAGCCCCAAGGAGCUCCUGGAGCAGAAGGCCGUGCUAGAGCGGGUGCAGCUGGACGAUCCUUUGGGCCUGGAAAUCCACACCACCAGCAACUGCCUGCACUUUGUAUCUCGAGUGAGCUCCCAGGUCACCACUGCCUCCCAACUGCACAUCCUGCCGGGAGACGAGGUUGUGCAGGUCAACGAGCAGGUGGUGGUGGGCUGGCCCCAUAAGAACGUGGUACGGGAGCUGCUGCGGGAGCCAGCGGAGGCCAGCCUGGUGUUGAAGAAAGUCCCAGUGCCUGAGAGCCCCCCACAGACCCCUCCUCAGGUCCUGGACUCCCCACACCUGAGGCUCCAAUCCCUGGCUCUGGCCCCGCUGUCUUCCAGGACCCCAUCUGAGGAAGUCUUCGCCUUUGACCUGACUUUGAAUUCCAGUUCCGGGGCCAGCCCUUCCUGGACAGAUAGCUUCAAAGCCCCGCCCUCACCUGGUGACCCUCCCUCCCUUGGCCCUGAGCCCAUGCCCAUCCUCCUCCCGCCUCCAAGCCCACUUCUAGGAGAGGAAACAGAGCCCCCAGAGCCCCCAGAACACCCUGAUAAGAGUCCUGUCCCUGGUCGGAAGAAAUCAAAAGGGGUGGCAACGCGCCUGAGCCGCCGGCGGGUGUCUUGCCGGGAGCUGGGCCGGCCAGACUGCGAUGGCUGGCUCCUGCUGCGCAAGGCGCCCAGCGGCUUCAUGGGGCCCCGCUGGCGCCGCUGCUGGUUUGUGCUCAAGGGGCACACGCUCUACUGGUACCGCCAGUCCCAGGAUGAGAAGGCCGAGGGCCUCAUCAAUGUCUCCAACUAUAGCCUGGAAAGUGGACAUGAUCAGAAGAAAAAAUAUGUGUUCCAGCUCACCCACGAAGUGUACAAACCCUUCAUCUUCGCUGCCAACACCCUGACGGAUCUGAGCAUGUGGGUGCGCCAUCUCAUUACCUGCAUUUCCAAGUACCAGUCUCCAGGCCGGGCCCCCCCACCCCGGGAAGAAGAUUGCUACAGUGAGACAGAAGCAGAAGACCCUGACGACGAGGCUGGGUCCCGCUCAGCAUCGCCCAGCCCAGCCCGAGCCGGGAGUCCACCACACAGAGACACGUCACCUGCAGCCACCCCCACACAGGGCAGCCCUUCUUCGGCCUCCUUCAGCUCUCCACCAGAUAGUGGUGAAGGGACACUGGAAGGAAUGGUACAGGGACUGAGGCAGGGUGGCGUGUCCCUCCUGGGCCAGCUACAGCCCUUCACCCAUGAACAAUGGCGAAGCUCCUUCAUGCGGCGCAACCGAGAUCCCCAGCUCAAUGAGCGAGUGCACCGUGUGCGGGCGCUACAGAGCACACUGAAGGCAAAGCUGCAGGAGCUGCAGGUCCUGGAGGAAGUGCUGGGCGACCCCGAACUGACUGGAGAGAAGUUCCGACGGUGGAAGGAGCAGAACCAGGAGCUGUACUCAGAGGGCCUGGGGGCUUGCGGAGUGAUGCAGGCUGAAGGCGACUCCCAAGUGCUGACCUCUGACUCCAGAGAGCAGUCCUCUCACCCCCUGUCCUCUGACCCUGAGGAGAACCCCCAACUCUGCCCCCUGGCCCCAAUGAGCAACCUCCAACCUCCUGACCUCUGACCUCGGCCAGUACUUAGUCCCUGAUCUCUGACCCCAAGGACCACCUCAACCCCCAGCCUCUGACAUCUGGCUCUCACCUGACCAGGGCAGAGCAUCCUUGGAUUCUGUUUGAGGUUAGAAACUAGUCCAUGGUUUCACCCCAAGCUGACCCCCUGGCCUGGACUGCCACCAUUUCUGUGCCUAUCUCCCUUGGAUUAGCUUCGUGCUACUCUCUUCUCCCUUGCUAAAGAAGGAGCAGGAAGGCUGGGCUGAGAGAACCUCUAAUCUUUGGGGACCCCGAGCAGUUCUUUCCCUGAACCAGAUCUGUACAGGUAUCCAUCAGUUUACAAAGAGACACUUUCCACCAAAUAAAGUCACUUUCUCUAAAAUGAA